AUGGUGAAGCCACGCCGGGCCUACCACACGCUAGAGCGGGCAGCAGCCGGUCCCACGUACUCCCAGGAGGCUCCGUAUGCGCCCGAGGUGCCUUAUGUGCCACAUGGAGGAGCGCCUGUCCAGGUGCCGAUGGGAGGGGCAGGAUACGGGCCGCUGGGUGGGAUGGCGAACCUGCAUGUUUCAGAGCCAGUCCCGCCUCGACAGCAGUACCAGACGGCUCCUCUUGCUAGUUCUGCGACAGACGCGCCUAGAAUUCUGUCUUUUGGAAGUAAUACCCAAGAGCCUGUACCUGUUCUGCCACACGAAAGAAUCAUCGCCCAGCAAACCCUCGGUGUUCCACCCUUAUUCAAGACUUCUGAGCACACCAAUCCGCCUCUUGGGGACACAAGCUAUCAGGUAAUUGAUCAGGGAAUUUCCGGCCCGGACUUCCUGCGCAUGUCAAUGUACAAUGUGCCCGCUAGUGCCAAGCUCCGCGAAGCCACAAAACUGCCUUUGGCCGUGAUGGCUCGUCCAUUCGCUCGAGCGGAAGUUCCAAUUGCGGAUUUCAGCCAGGAUGAGCCUCCACGCUGUGCUCGCUGCCGGACAUUCAUGAAUCCAAGUAUGCAGUUUGCUAGUGGGGGGUCGAAGUUUGUUUGCAACAUGUGCCAGUUUGUGAACAGAACUCCCGACUAUUAUUUCGAACAAACAGAUGCUACUGGCCGCAGAAUCGAUUGGCAGUCACGUCCCGAACUGUCAGUGGGAACUUAUGACAUGGAGCUGCCGCCGUCCUACGGAACUGGCAGUAAACUAAGGCACCUGUUUGCCAUUGAUACGUCCCGCGACUCGGUCAAAAAGGGGCUGGUGCACGUUGCUGCUGAAGCUAUUCGCCAAGCGUUGUACGGACUCGACAAAACCCCAGGAGAGGGCUGUCUCCUGCCCGACACCCAAGUUGCCAUCGUUGCCUUUCAUCAGUCGAUCAUUUUUUUCCGGUUCAAUGCCUCUGGUCAGCUUGAGAUGCUUCAAGAUAACAAUUUGCAGGAUCCCGUGGUUCCUCCUGACUUGUUUGUCAAUCCAGAAGAGGCGUUUGAAGGUAUGUCGUCUUUGCUGGACAACCUGCCAAACUUGUUCCCAAACGCUCCAAAUCAUUCGUGUUUUGGAACUUUACUUAAAGUAGGUCAAGAUGCUUUGGGUGAGGCUGGUGGGCGGAUCUCUGCAAUUUGCACCACGUUCCCGUCAAUGGCGCCUGGCAAACUGGUUCGUCGUGACAGUGGGUUGUAUACACCUCCCUCAAACACCCAGGCUGAUUCGCAUCAGCUGGCAAAAGAACUGUUUCUACCUACGGCUACCUGGUAUACUGAUAUGGCCAAAGAGUACAGUAAAUGUGGUAUUGGUUUUGAUCUUUUCGCUUUCCCCACUGGUUACAGCGAUCUCACAAACUUUGGCUUUGUUGCUCAAGCUUCUGGUGGUCGUCACCUGGUUUACCCACAAUAUGUUGGCCAACGAGAUGCACGAGCGUUCAUGGUUGAUUUUGUGGAGGCAUGUGCCGAGCCGUUAGUCGCUACCCAGACAGCUCUGAAGUUCCGAACCUCUAACGGUCUCCAGAUCGAAAAGGUCUGGGCUCCAGAGUUAGGACUUAUGGAUUCUGCAACUAAUGUCUUGGCAACAAUCGUUUAUGAUGGGUCGCUGGAUCCAAAACUGGACGUUCAUGUUCAAUGUGCCGUCCUGUACACCACUCCAUGGGGGACUCGUCGUCUCCGGGUUUGUAAUAUUGUAUCAGGAGUCACUGAUAUGUUUAAAGCUGUUUUGCGGUUUGUUGACUCUGAUGUUGUUGUUGCGGCCAUCGCCCGACAAACUACUGCUCAGAUGUUUGCCAAGCCUUUGGCAAUGCUUCGCACGGCUAUUGUUGAAAAGAUUCGGGAAAUUUUCACUGCAGCAAGAACCAAUUCCGGUACCAAUAUGCCUAGUGGGUACCUUGUUGUUCCCACACAGCUCCGUCCCCUGCUUCCAAUGAGCCUCGCUCUUAUAAAAUGUCCAGCAUUCAGCCCGCGAACCUACAUGUCCGACAGCCGGACCCACUCGGCUCGUUUAAUCGAGCGUAUGACGGUUGCCCAGCUCUCAUUAUAUUUAUACCCGCGGAUAUACCCUGUUCACGAGCUGUUUGAUGUCCAAGACGGCAUUGAUCUGACAACAUUGCCUAUGUUGGAGGCCAAGCUGUCGGCGCUGAGCACUGGCGGAUGCUACCUUAUUUUUAACGGUCUCAAGUUUCUGCUGUUUGUUACGAGUACGGUACCGCCGGCUCUUGUACGCGAUUUGCUUGGAGCCGAGAGUUUGGACCAAGUCUCGCCCUAUUUGGACGAACUGCCCGUGCUCGAUUCUGACAUCUCCCGCCACACUCGCGAACUGUGUGCACAGCUUGCUGAGCACGUUGGCCGCCCCUGGUGUCCGCUCCAGCUCGCUCGCGAGGUGUUGUUGCCCACAUGA